GGCUGGGGGUGUGGCGCCAGGCCUUGGGAGGGCUUCCUGCAGGCUGCUGGGCUGGGGUGAAGGGCUGCUCAGUUUCCUUCAGGGGGCACUGGGAAGCGCCAUGGCACUGCAGGGCAUCUCGGUCGUGGAGCUGUCUGGCCUGGCCCCGGGCCCGUUCUGUGCUAUGGUCCUGGCGGACUUCGGGGCGCGGGUGGUACGCGUGGACCGGCCCGGCUUCCGCUACGACGUGAGCCGCUUGGGCCGGGGCAAACGCUCGCUAGUGCUGGACCUGAAGCAGCCGCGGGGAGCCGCCGUGCUGCGGCGUCUGUGCGAGCGGUCGGAUGUGCUGCUGGAGCCCUUCCGCCGCGGUGUCAUGGAGAAACUCCAGCUCGGCCCAGAGAUUCUGCAGCGGGAAAAUCCAAGGCUUAUUUAUGCCAGGCUGAGUGGAUUUGGCCAGUCAGGAAGCUUCUCCCGGUUAGCUGGCCACGAUAUCAACUAUUUGGCUUUGUCAGGUGUUCUCUCAAAAAUUGGCAGAAGUGGUGAGAAUCCGUAUGCCCCGCUGAAUCUCCUGGCUGACUUUGCUGGUGGUGGCCUUAUGUGUGCAUUGGGCAUUAUAAUGGCUCUUUUUGAACGCACACGCUCUGGCAAGGGUCAGGUCAUUGAUGCAAGUAUGGUGGAAGGAGCAGCAUAUUUAAGUUCUUUUCUGUGGAAAACUCAGAAAUUGAGCCUGUGGGAAGCACCUCGAGGACAGAACAUGCUGGAUGGUGGAGCACCUUUCUAUACGACUUACAGGACAGCAGAUGGGGAGUUCAUGGCUGUUGGAGCAAUAGAACCCCAGUUCUACGAGCUGCUCAUCAAAGGACUUGGACUAAAGUCUGAUGAACUUCCCAAUCAGAUGAGCAUGGAUGAUUGGCCAGAAAUGAAGAAGAAGUUUGCAGAUGUAUUUGCAAAGAAGACGAAGGCAGAGUGGUGUCAAAUCUUUGACGGCACAGAUGCCUGUGUGACUCCGGUUCUGACUUUUGAGGAGGUUGUUCAUCAUGAUCACAACAAGGAACGGGGCUCCUUUAUCACCAAUGAGGAGCAGGACUUGAGCCCCCGCCCUGCACCUCUGCUGUUAAACACCCCAGCCAUCCCUUCUUUCAAAAGGGAUCCUUUUGUAGGAGAACACACUGAGGAGAUACUUGAAGAAUUUGGAUUCAGCCGUGAAGAGAUUUAUCAGCUUAACUCAGAUAAAAUCAUUGAAAGUAAUAAGGCUGGUAGCAAUUUCUGGAUCUUAUACCCACACAGCAACAUCCAGAAAUAA